AAGAGACCCACCUUUAUCAGCUGUACAGAAAAGUGUAAAUGUUGGUAAAACAGUUUCAGUCAAACCAAUUACAAGAUAAUUUCUUACACAAAACACCAAAUUGGAGCCUCGUGGGCGUGUAUGUCCCCCAAAAAUAGCCAAUUUUUCUCCUCAAUGGAUAAGCAAAACCUAAAUCCUUGCAUAAUAAGGAGAAUAUUCCAUUGUUUUAUAUUACAGAAUGAACAAAACCCCUGCAAACACAAAGAUGAGUCGUUUUGACCGUGCUCCAGACAUGGACUGCAGCAGUUCCAACAGCAAUGAGUACAUGAGAUAUCAGCACUGUCCCCCCAAAGUUCCCCUCAAUGGAAUGAUCAAAGCCCCUGCAAACACAAAGAUGAGUCGCUUUAACAUCGAUCCAGACAUAGACAGCAGCAUUUCCAACAGCAACGAGUACACGAGUUAUCAACACUGUCCCCCCAAAGUUCCCCUCAAUGGAAUGCAAUAUACCGACGUGGACGCGGAAAGCCAGAACUUCCUCUCUGAUCAUCAACUGGGCAAGAAGAAAUAUGAAGCUGAAUAUAGCCCUGGUUCGGCGUCGUUCGGGAUGUCGGUGUUUAACUUGGGCAAUGCCAUCAUGGGAAGUGGAAUCCUGGGACUUUCCUAUGCCAUGGCUAACACUGGCAUCGCCAUGUUUGUGAUCCUGCUGGUCGCCGUGGCCAUUUUCUCCCUCUACUCAGUCCAUUUGCUGCUCAAAACGGCCAAUGAAGGAGGUUCUCUGGUGUACGAACAGCUGGGGUACAAGGCCUUUGGGAUUCCCGGCAAACUGGCGGCGUCCUGCUCUAUCACCAUGCAAAACUUCGGAGCUAUGGCAAGCUACCUCUACAUUGUGAAGUACGAGCUGCCCAUCGUCAUUAAGGCCUUCUUGGACAGCAAUGACAACUCGUGGUACACUAAUGGAGAUUAUCUGGUGCUGAUCGUCACUAUGGCUAUCAUACUGCCGCUCUCGCUGCUUAAAAACCUGGGUUAUCUGGGAUACACUAGUGGUUUCUCCUUGUUGUGCAUGGUGUUCUUCCUUAUUGUGGUGAUCUACAAGAAGUUCCAGAUCCCCUGUCAGUUACCGGAGAACUUCAUUAACAUCACAGUGAACGUCUCUCAGCCGCAGGUCAACACUACUGAUGAAGAGUGCUGCAAACCCAAGUACUUCGUCUUCAACUCACAGACUGUGUAUGCGGUGCCCAUCCUGACCUUUGCGUUUGUGUGCCACCCGGCUAUUCUGCCAAUGUACGAGGAGCUCAAAGAUCGUUCCAGAAGGAAGAUGCAGAAUGUUGCAAAUGUCUCGUUCCUGGGAAUGUUUGUCAUGUAUCUGUUGGCUGCUCUGUUUGGAUACCUGACCUUCAACGAGGCCGUUGAACCCGAGCUCCUGCACACUUACUCAAAGGUCUACAAUUUCGACGUGGUGCUUCUGAUCGUGCGUUUUGCCGUCCUGACUGCCGUGACGCUGACGGUGCCCGUGGUUCUCUUCCCAAUCCGCACCUCAGUCAACCAGCUGCUCGGCGCCUCCAAAGAGUUCAGCUGGCCACGUCACAUCUGCAUCACCGUCGCUCUGCUCGUCUGCGUCAACAUCCUCGUCAUCUUCGUUCCCACCAUCAGAGACAUCUUCGGAUUCAUCGGUGCGUCCGCUGCUGCUAUGCUGAUCUUCAUCCUUCCCUCGGCCUUCUACAUCAAACUGGUGAAGAAGGAGUCCAUGAAAUCUGUCCAGAAGAUGGGGGCGACUUUGUUCCUCAUCGUGGGAUUCAUGGUGAUGAUCGGCAGCAUGGCUUUGAUCAUCGCAGACUGGAUCCACAACGCUGGAUCUUCAGGCGAGCACGCUGACGGCCACUAGUGGGCGUGUCCUAACCCUGAUUGACAGGCAGAUGGGCGGAGCCGAGCCGCUUACGCUGCAACUGAGAACUAGAAGAAGCUGCUCUAUUUUCAGUGCAGAGCAAAGACAAACAUCCCAUUCUGAGAGAAUGUCCUGAACUUUGUACAGUAUGCUGUUAGGCCACACAGAUGGUGAUCCACUCGUAUUGUUGUGCUUCUUUUUUUGGUUGAUUUGCUUUUCUUUUGUGUUGUUCUUCCGGUACAGCUGAGUUUUUCGGUGGUACGUCGCACACGUGCAUCAUUCUCUGUUUUCAGGUUAGGCGUUUUGUACUCACAACCAAAACUGGUUUCACGAUCAACACUGAGCGGAGCGUCGCCUGCAGAUGCGUGUUCGAACCGUUUGUACCUUUGCCAAAAAUAUCGGUGUUUGUUUGUAGAAAAGCACUUACUCUUUUUUCAGCAAAUGUGAAAAAACUGUAAUUUUGCACAUCUUGGCUGUGCUUUAAACGCAUUCGUUACGAUGCCAUUUAUACUGUACUACUUGAGUCACCUUUACCUGUCGUGUAGAUCUACUAAUGAACAAAUACUGAUUUGUAGUUGUUGAUUUCAGACAGGUGGAACGGCUGAAUGAAUUUACUGUAACUUAUUUAAACCCUGAAGACAACGAUGGGUGCUUCACAGUCACCAUGAGACGCAGCUAACAGGGAAUGUUUGCAGAACGUUCUAGCAAAGGUUAUUAACAAACUUGAACAGAACAUUCGUUCCAAAAAUGUUAAAAGAACCUUCCAGUAACGCUAAUAGAACGUUCGUUCAAGAUUCUCUGGUCUUUAAAGAUGCUCUCAAAACAUUAGCGUAAAAACUUUAUUUAUACAUUGUUCAUAAACACUUUAGUUGGACAUCUAGCAUUUGCAAAGUGCAAGGUUCUUUCUAAGUUUUAAACAAACGUUCUUCUAGUAACGUUAACAGAACGUUCGUUCAAAGUUGGACGUUACUGUAACAUUUUUUUAAAUGUUGCAACUU